AUGCAGCGCAGCUUUUCGUUCCAGGCCGAAGACGAUGUCCCCGAGCAUCGUGACCGCACUCACCCACUUCUCCCUCCCACCCCAUUAAACCAAAAAAGCGCCCCCAGGUACAGCGAUGACGAACAGCGACAGCCGUUGAAUAAUCUUCAGUAUACCACACCAAUACCGCAGCAGCAGCAACAACAGUCAAGAUAUAAUCAAUACGCCCAGGGCGGGCAUGCAAGACACGAUUCAACCUCUAGUAGUAGUUCGUCAGAUUCUAGUUUCACAGACUCGUCUGUUAGCCGUGCGCCAAGGACUGCAAACGUUACGAACCACCAACGAGAACCGAUGGGGAAUAACGCUCCACGUAGACCAAUUGCUGCCGCCGCCGCUGCUGUUGGAGGUGGAAACAUAGGUGGAUAUCGAGAUGAAGACGACCAGUGGAGAAGAGGAGGCUCUUCGAACUUUAUGGAGCCGGACGACCAGUACUAUACGUCUCCGUCACCAGAUACUUAUAAUCAGUAUGGGCAGGGAUAUCCCGUGCCCCCCGUAUCGCAAAUUAAUACUCCCCUGAUCCCCGGGAAUCGGUUCACAAACCCAUCAUCCCCGCCCUCGGCCUACAAUCAGCCUCCUCCUCCCCUGCAUCAUGGAAAAAUCAGAGCAUCAUUACCACCCACCCCGCUCCAAGGAUAUAGGCCUGGAUCAGUACCGGACCGUCCAGUCCUUAACGACCCUGUUGGUGGCCACUAUACUGAUAAUCCGUACAAGCGAUAUAGCACCACGUGGGAUCCGCAACUGUCAGCAAGUCAGGUUCAAAUUGAUGGCACAGCGAAGGAUGCGGAAACUUUCGUAUUUAGCGAUGAUGAGGAACAGGCAGCGUAUAAUAAUGGUGGUUAUAUUGCAGCUGCAGCUGCAGGAACAGGGGGCGCAGCCGCUGCAGGGUUGGGUGCUGGAAAAAGUGCAAACACACCGCCGAGAAGUCGUGGAGGUGGGGGCGCGUUGCUGGGUGGUGCAGGUGGUGCAGCUAUGAUGAGCGAAAAGGCGCCCUCCUCGGAAUGGAUGCAGAAACAGGCGCACCAGCGGAAGAAGACACGAUGGAUCUGGGGGAUCGUAAUAUUAGUGAUCAUUCUUGCGGCAGCUGGCGGUACCGCAGCUGGUGUCAUACUAAGAAAUAAGAACAAUAACUCCAGCAGCGCGUCAACAAGUAGUGCAGGUAGCACCAACGGCGGAAGUGGGUUAAGCGCAGACGAAGAUGUCAAACAAAACGGCGACCUCAAUAAAGAUUCAAAAGAGAUCAUUGCGCUCAUGAAUAAUCCCAACCUCAAGAAAGCAUUCCAUGGAAUGGAUUACACCCCAUUGAACUCGCAGUAUCCAGCCUGUAUCGAUAACCCGCCAACCCAAAACAACAUCACACGCGAUGUAGCUGUCAUGUCGCUCCUUACAGACAAGCUCCGUCUCUACGGAACUGACUGCAACCAAACCGAGAUGGUCCUUCACGCCAUCGAUGUUCUCGGCAUCUCCAUGAAGAUUUGGCUCGGUGUCUGGCUAGACUCUAACACUACUACCAAUUCCCGCCAGCUCAACCAUCUCUAUACCCUUCUCGCGAACUACAGCGCAGACCGCUUCGAGGGUGUCGCUGUAGGAAAUGAAGUCCUGUUCCGCGAGGAUUUGACAGAAACGCAACUGUUCGGAACCAUCGCCGAUGUGCGCGCCAACCUUACUGCUCUCUCCAUCGAUCUUCCCGUAGGUACCUCCGAUCUAGGGUCGAACUGGAAAUCUAGUAUGGUCCCGUACGUCGAUGUGUUGAUGGCAAACGUGCACCCAUUCUUCGCGGGUGUGACGGUAGAGACAGCGGCGAAUUGGACAUACACGUUCUUCCAGCAGAAUGAUGUGAUUUUGACGGCUGGUGUUACGCCCGCACCGAGGGUCAUGAUCAGUGAGGUUGGCUGGCCGAGUGGUGGUGGUAAAGAUCGUGGGAGUGUGGCGGGUAUCGACGAGAUGAAUCUGUUUAUGGAAGAUUUCUUGUGUACUGAGAACAAAAGGAAGACGGAGUAUUUCUGGUUUUCGGCAUUUGAUGAGCCCUGGAAAGUGGUGUACAAUGAGCCUGGAAAGGAGUGGGAGGACAAAUGGGGCCUCAUGGAUGUAAACCGGAACUUGAAGGAUGGACUGAAAAUUCCAGACUGUUUGGUUACUUGA